AUGGCAUGGGUGGUCCAUCGUCGCAGUCUCAGGGCACCCUUCCCCCUCCCUGCUGGCAAAGAACUCCCUCCGGGAGUCACGUGUACCGAUGCGAUAUCACGAACUCUCAACACGCUACCGCCAGCGCAGCUUCUCGAUAUUCUCACCCAGAUGAAGGUCCUCGCAACGAACGAACCGAACCGUGCUACAGAGCUCCUCCAGCAAGCGCCGCAACUAGCAUACGCCGUUUUCCAGGCCCUUCUACUCAUGAACUUGGUCUCCCCAGAGGCCAUCUCUUCCGUUAUCGACGCGGGCGCCGCUCCUCCCAUGCCUCCUCAGCAGACACCUCUCGCCUAUCCUCCUCAGCCCGUAGCUGUGGGCGGCUAUCCAGGCGUAGCGGGCGCUCCUCUCGCGACCAAUACCCCACCGGUUGCUACUAACCCAUACGCGCCACCUCAACCUGCGGCGCAACCUGCGUAUGGAGCACCAGCGCCUGUCGCGGCCCCUCCUGGUCAAGAUUCCGAAGCCCUGAUGCGCGCCGUGAUGGAGCUUCCCAAGCCACAAUUGAUGCCCUUCCCGAAGCCGAGAGGGCACAGAUCCUUGCGCUCCGAGCAGGCUUCAUGUCACAGCGCCGCUAGCGGACACGUUGAGCUUCGCUAG